AUGUCUCAUUCUGCUCGCAGGGACCACAGUGCCCAUCAAAUUCCCUGCGGUUACUUGCACUGUGAAUGCCACUUCAAGACUCAGGCAGGGCGCACAAAGAACUGGAACACUUCCCAUCCAACAUUCACGUCAGCUCCUACCGCUAGUGUCUCGUACUCGGCUACUGUUGAAGAUGAGCCGGAGGAACCGCACGACACCUUCUUCAUAGGGCAUGAUGACUUCCCUGCAGGCUCGUUUGACGCAGGUCAGACUCUCAACGAGCCUGAUAAUAUGGACAUGGAAUUUUGGGGACCAGGCGAUAGAUUAUAUUGCAACUAUCACCCCAAACUAAACGGUCACCCAUGUGAUGCAACAGGUCAAUUCCUUGCUGACGGAGCAACCCCUGCACCACCACCAAGCAAAUCGCGUGAUGACUGGACUCCCUACCGAAAUCGCAUCGAGUUUGAGACUGUGGAAUUUCUGUACACGCGCAAUCAGAUGUCAGCAGGGAAUAUCAAUAUCUUACUGGAUCUUUGGGUCGCAACCCUUUUGAAACACAACGACAAACCGCCAUUUGCAGACUGCCGCGAUUUAUAUAAGACCAUUGACAGUACGCCGGUAGGCGAUGUCAAAUGGCAAUCUUUCAAGAUCCAGUAUAUGGGGGAGAAGCCGGCACACGAUGUACCACCCUGGAUGACCGAAUCGCAUGACGUCUGGUAUCGAGACCCCCACGAGGUCAUUCGUAACAUGUUAGCAAACCCAGAUUAUGCAACGGAAAUGGACUACCAGCCCUACCGUGAGUUCUUGACUGACAACAAUGAACGUCAAUGGCAAGAUUUCAUGUCCAGUGACUGGGCUUGGAAUCAAGCUGAUAUCAUUUCUCAAGACUCAGAUACAGCUGGCUCAACCUUCAUGCCAGUCAUUCUCAGAAGCGACAAAACGACAGUUUCAGUCGCAACUGGUGCCAACGACUACUAUCCGCUGUACACAUCAAUCGGAAACGUUCGUAAUAAUGUCCGAUGCACACAUCGCGAUGCUGAGCAUGCGGCCUGCCCGAAAUAUCGGAAGUAUCGCCGGCAAUUGUUUCAUUCAUCAAUAUCGAAGAUUCUCGAGAACCUCAAGCCAGGCAUGAUGAAACCAGAAGUUGUGCGUUUCGGUGAUGGGCACUAUCGGCGUGUUAUCUAUGGGCUUGGACCGUAUAUCGCAGAUUACGAGGAGCAGGUCUUAUUGGCAUGUAUAGUACGCUCUUGGUGUCCAAGGUGCAUGUCACACUGCAAAAACUUGGACUCCAAGUCGUUGUGUCGCAAUCGUGACCAUACAGAAGCUCUUAUCGAUGAAGUAACAUCUAGUGAUUUGUGGGAUGAGUAUGGGAUCAUCGCUGACCUUGUUCCCUUUACAAACGAUUUCCCCCGAGGCGAUAUUCACGAACUUAUUGCACCGGACAUUCUACAUCAAUUGAUUAAAGGUACUUUCAAGGACCAUUUAGUCGAAAUUGCUGUCGUUGCCUCGUUCUCAGGGUUCAAACAAUGGACCAGCGACGAUUCAAAAGCGCUUAUGAAGGUUUAUCUUCCCGCCAUCAAAGGUUAUGUCCCAACAGACGUGGUGCGCACAUUUCGUGCGUUCCUCAAAUUCUGCUAUCUCGUGCGGCGUAACAUCAUCACGGAAUCCACACUCGUUUACAUCCAGGACGCUCUCGACCGAUUCCAUCAUUACAGGAAUGUUUUUGAGUUGACAGGUGUUGUAUUCACAUUCUCUCUCCCUCGACAACAUUCUUGCUCUCAUUACGCCCUCCUUAUCCGACUAUUUGGUGCACCCGAUGGCCUAUGUUCCUCGAUUACCAAGACAAAACACAUCAAAGCUGUCAAGGAACCAUGGAGGCGUUCAAGUCGCUACCAUGCCCUCGGUCAAAUGCUGGUAACAAAUCAGUGCCUUGACAAACUGGCAGCAUCAUGCAUCAAUUUCAAAAGCCAUGGGAUGCUGAACAGCACCUGUCUAUCCGAAACUCUUCAAGCGCUAAUGCAUUUGCGGUUAAAUCAUGAGCCUGAAGCCAAUGAGCUCAAUGACGAUACCAUCACGCCACUGCCUGACCGCAACAUAACUAUCCAGGGUGACAAUGAAGAAGGCGAAAUCGUUGAUGGACCAACGUCAUUGGUCCAGGCCCACGUUCAGUUAGCAAAGACGCACCAUAACGACUGCAGUGGUAUCGGUGGCAUGCGCCGAGAGCACAUACGUGCUUAUGCAGCUGUUGAAGGGAUGGGGGGGAUGGACAUAGGCCAUGUCAUGUGCUUUUUCUCUUUUACAUUUGAGGAAGUUUCAUACCCAUGUGCCGUAGUGCGCUGGUUUGAGAAGGCCAAUGAUGGACCUGACGAAGACACCGGCAUGUGGAUUGUAAAGCCUUCGUAUGAUACUGAUCAUUCUCUGCUAGUUGGAAUCAUCCAUAUCAAUUCCAUUUACUGGGCUGCACACCUCAUUCCAAUCUAUGGCACGCACACCAUCCCAAAGGACCUCAAGCACUACGACUCAUAUGAUGCCUUCUGCGCAUUUUAUGUAAACAAAUUUGCAGACCAUCAUGCAUUUGAGAUUGCAUCUUAG